GCGCACUCUGAAGGCCUCUCCAUCCUAUCCACCACGUGCCUUUUUUCCCUCGCUUCUGUUCCUGUUUGUGCCCAAUAUCGCGCCACCUCUGCUUCCUUCCUUUCAUCGUCUUGUUGUCUUCGCUCCACCGCCGCCAGCAACCAGCAACCAGCAAAGCAGUCGUCAUGGAGUUUGGUCCAUCCAAGUGCACCUACAAGCUGGGCACCACAGAGCCCGAUCCCCACCACCACUUCUCCAGGGAUGAUCCCUCUGGUCCCCAUGCUCGCCAGGAGCUCAAGCCAAAGAUCCUGCCCAACAUCCUCCACAACAUCGGCAACACGCCUCUUGUGCGCAUCAACAAGAUCGCUGAGGAGGAAGGCCUCGAGUGCGAGCUUCUGGCCAAGUGCGAGUUCUUCAACUCUGGCGGCUCUGUGAAGGAUCGCAUUGCUCGCCGCAUGGUCGAGGAUGCGGAGCGCGAUGGCCGCCUCAAGCCAGGCAGCGUCAUCAUUGAGCCAACAUCCGGCAACACCGGCAUUGGGCUUGCGCUUGCUGCUGCUGUGAAGGGCUACCGCUGCAUCAUUGUGAUGCCUGAGAAGAUGAGCCAGGAGAAGGUCGACGUGCUGCGUGCCCUCGGUGCCGAGAUCAUCCGCACCCCAACAGAGGCCGCCUUUGACUCCCCUGAGUCGCACAUUGGCGUUGCGAACCGGCUGAACAAGGAGAUUCCCAACUCGAUCAUCCUUGACCAGUACUCCAACCCGGGCAACCCGCUCGCCCACUACGACGGCACUGCAGAGGAGAUCCUCGAGGCGUGCGACGGCAAGAUUGACAUGCUUGUUGCUGGCGCUGGCACGGGCGGUACGAUUUCGGGCAUUGCGCGCAAGUUGAAGGAGAAGGUGCCUGGCAUCCAGAUUGUUGGCGUCGACCCCGAGGGCUCCAUCCUCGCCCAGCCAGAGGAGCUCAACAAGACAGACGUCACCGGCUACCAGGUUGAGGGCAUUGGGUACGACUUUAUCCCGCGCGUGCUUGACCGGAAUGUGAUUGACAAGUGGGUGAAGACGCGUGACCGGGAGGCGUUCCGCAUGUCGCGCCGGCUGAUCCGCAGCGAGGGUCUGCUGUGCGGCGGGUCCUCUGGCACCGCCAUGUGGGCCGCCGUCGAGGCUGCGCGCUCCCUCAAGAAGGGCCAGCGCUGCGUCGUGAUGCUCCCAGACUCGGUGCGCAACUACAUGACCAAGUUCCUCUCGGACGAGUGGAUGUACCAGCACCAGUUUAUUGAGCAGCCGCCCGACGAGCAGGUCCCAACAGAGGAGGACUGGUGGACGUCGCUCUCUGUGACGGCGCUGCCGCAGAAGUUUCCGAUGACGCUGCUGCCGACGGUGACGUGCGGCGAGACCAUUGAGAUCCUCCACCGCGAGGGCUUUGACCAGAUGCCGUCGUCAGCGAGACAGGGUGCGCAAGUGCUUGGGAUGAUGACGGAGGGCAACCUCAUGUCGAUGCUUGUGAAGAAGCGCGUGACAAAGGACGACCCUGUGUCCAAGGUGCUGUACAAGUCGUUCAAGCAGGUGCCCACCACCGCCACCCUCGGCCGCGUCUCCCGCCUCCUCGACAAGGAGCCGUUUGUGCUUGUCAUCUCCGAGCAGCGCUGCUUCUCAGGCAAGGACGAGUCGUCUUUGAAGCAGACCAUCUACUCGAUUGUGACCCGCAUCGACCUCCUCAACUUUGUCAUGGCCACCUCCAAGGACAACGCAUCCAAGUGA